UUUUUGAGACAAAGGAUGCUCCCAAGGCUCGUUCGGAUUGUAUAUGUCCUGUCUUUCUGGGUUUUCCAGGGAGGAUUUAUCAGAUUGUUUUCGUGUUUGAAGGAGAUAAAGCCACCCAGCAGGCCCGGUCCGCAGAUGUCUCCCUCAGACUUCCUGGACAAGCUCAUGGGGAGAACUUCAGGAUAUGAUGCCCGAAUCAGACCCAAUUUCAAAGGCCCACCAGUGAAUGUCACCUGCAACAUAUUCAUCAACAGCUUCGGCUCCAUCACGGAAACUACAAUGGACUACAGACUCAAUGUAUUCCUACGACAGAAGUGGAACGACCCUCGGCUGGCCUACCGUGAAUACCCAGACGACUCCCUGGAUUUGGACCCCUCUAUGCUGGACUCAAUCUGGAAACCCGAUCUUUUCUUCGCUAAUGAGAAAGGGGCUAAUUUCCAUGAGGUCACCACCGAUAACAAGCUGCUACGGAUCUUCCAAGAUGGCAGUGUCCUUUACAGCAUCAGGCUCACUCUUACCCUGUCCUGUCCUAUGGACCUGAAAAACUUCCCCAUGGACAUUCAGACCUGUACUAUGCAGCUGGAGAGCUUUGGCUACACCAUGAAUGACCUGAUCUUCGAGUGGCUGUCAGAAAACCCAGUUCAGGUGGCAGACGACCUCACUCUCCCACAGUUUGUGCUCAAAGAGGAGAAGGACUUAGGCUACUGCACUAAGCACUAUAAUACUGGUAAAUUCACUUGCAUUGAGGUGAAGUUUCAUCUGGAGCGUCAGAUGGGAUACUACCUGAUCCAGAUGUACAUCCCCUCCCUGCUCAUAGUCAUCCUCUCCUGGGUCUCCUUCUGGAUCAACAUGGACGCUGCGCCUGCCCGAGUGGGACUCGGCAUCACCACUGUCCUCACCAUGACAACCCAGAGCUCGGGCUCCAGAGCAUCACUGCCCAAGGUGUCCUAUGUGAAAGCUAUUGACAUCUGGAUGGCCGUGUGCCUCCUGUUUGUGUUCGCCGCCCUGCUGGAGUAUGCCGCCGUCAACUUCGUCUCGAGGCAACACAAGGAGUUCAUCAGGCUCAGGAAAAAGCAGCGCCAGCAAAGAAUAGAAGAGGAGCUGGUGAGGGAGAGCCGUGGUUUUUACUUCCGGGGUUACGGCCUGGGUCACUGCCUGCAGACUAAAGAGGGCACUCCGGUUGAGGGGUCCACUGUGUUCUCCCCUCCCCCGCCCCCUCCUCCGGUCACCAUGUGCGACGGGGAGAUGCUCCACAAGAGGUUUGUGGAUCGGGCCAAGCGUAUCGACACCAUCUCCAGAGCGGUGUUCCCAUUGAGCUUCCUUAUGUUCAAUAUCUUCUACUGGAUCACUUACAAAGUGCUGCGACACGAGGAUAUCCAUGCAAUCUUGUAA